AUGCCAAAUAUCUUUCCGCAAUCCGGAAAGUUUUUCGAGUAUAUGUGUAAAAAAGUCCAUAGAUGGUUUCUUUCUCCAUAAAUACCCUAGUGAUCGAUAUUAUUUAAGAGUAUGUUCAAUACUUUUCGCAGUUGAAAUAAUUUACCAAUUAGGAAAACCAAUAAAACCAACUGCCCUAUGUCUGAUGAGUAAGAAACUGAGCACCAGAGGCGAUAAAUGGUUCCCGUAAACAGCGCACGCCAGCGCCGAGGCCGCGAUUCUAUUGAAAAAGGGUAUAAUCGAUAACCUUAGCUCAGCCAUUGUGAUUUUCAGCAAUCCACUCGCACGGUCACACUGCCUGUCCAACCCUCCCGCACCGUACUACUCGACAACGUGCUUGUGUGCAGAAUUUCCUCGGCUAAAUAAAACCAAAAAUUGGCAAAGCGCCGUGUCAGAUCUAGCCGUCGAUUGCACAAUUCCGGAGCAGGACGUCGUCGCUGGAGCCACCGAAGCGGAGUCACCAUCAGAAGAUCACCAGCACCAGGAGAACCCAGUGGACAGUCCUCCUCUUUUUCUUGGCUGCCGAGGCGUCGCGUGUGCGUAUCUUUCAGCGGUGAAUAACCCACGGCUUUUUGUUUUCGGCCAGAGGAGGAGCGUGUUGCAGUCGCAAACGGGAAGAUGGUUAAAGCUAAAAAGGGCAAGAAAGAGAUACUGACCAAGGUCGAAGGCGGUUCCUCGGUGGACGAAAUCUCCGAUGUGGACAGCGACCAGUUGAGCCUCAACAACAAGCAGAAUCAUGCCCUGAAGGGCAAUCAAGCUGGCGAUGACGAUGUUAAAGCCGUGACCAAGGGGGUCAAGAAGCUUAAUGUCAAGGGAAAAGGCAAAGCAGGCAAAAAUGACGACUCCGAUGAGGAGGAGGUGGUGCCCGCCAAGGGCAAAGCUUCUAAGAAGUCGGCUUUUGAGCUGCUAAUGGACGACGACGAGCAGGACGAGCCAGCUGCCCAGGAAAGCCAGUCUGAGAAGGAGGAAAAGGUAGUGGUCUCCAAGCCACAGAAGAACGAAAAGAAGGGCAAAAAGGCCAAACGCAAGGGGAAGGACGACGACGAUGAAGAUCUGGACAAGGUUUUAGCUGAGCUUCAAGCGGAAUACGCCGGCGAGGCUGCUCCUGCUGCCACUACUGUUGUUUCCCCCGAAGAAUUGGCCGAUGAGUUCUCCAAGAAAAAAAAGAACAAGAAGCAGGCCAAGCAGGCUGCAGUGGCAGAAAACGCCGGAGAGGAUGAGGCCAGCGAUGACGAGGAGGGCGGCAGCACUGUGAAGUCGGCAGCCCAGAAAAAGAAGGAAAAGAAGGAGCGCCAAAAGAGGGAGGCUGCCCUAGCCAAGCAAAAGGCAGCUACUGAACCCAAACCGAAGCCCGUGGAGAAACCUGCGCCAGAACCCGAGCCUGUGGCUACGGAAGAAGUCCAGCCCGCCGCCGAGGAAGAGGAGGAAAAGUCCAGCAAAAACAAGAAGAAGGGCAAGAAAGACAAAAAGGCCGAGCCUGAGGAGGAGAAGAAGGACGCCAAGAAGAAGGGUAUGUCUGCCUCCAUGGUGGCGGCCAUGCAGGAGCAGCUAAGAAAGCGAAAGGAGGAGGAGGAGCGCCUGGAGCGGGAGGAGGCAGAGCGAAUUCGCCUGGAGGAUGAGCGCGAAGAAGCCCGCCUGGAGGCAGUGCGUCUGGAGGCAGAGAGGAAGGAGAAAAAGAAGCAGCGCGAGGCAGAGCGCAAGGCUCGCUUGAAGGCGGAAGGAAAACUGCUCACCAAGAAGCAGAAGGAGGAUAGGGCUAGGGCACAGGCUCUCCUGGAGUCUCUAAAGGCUCAGGGUCUCGAGAUUCCCGAUCCGAACGACAAGCGACCCACGCGGCCAGGAACUCGUAUCCGUCCGAACAAAAAGAAGGGCCCUAAGGAAGAGGCCGCCGAAGAGGAGGCCAAGGCAGCGGAAGCGGAAGCCCAAUCGGCCGCCGCUGCUGCCGCUGCAGCUGCUGCCGAAAAGGCCGAGGAAGAGAGGGUCAAGGAGAGUUGGGAUGCCACCGAUAGUGAGGCUGAGCCAGAGCCCGAGGAAGAAACGUCGCAGGCCACUAACAAUGGCAAGACCGAGGCUGCCGAGGAAGAGAACGAAGAUACAGAUGACGAUGAAGAUGACGACGAUGAUGAAGAUGACAGCGAUGACUCCGAUGGGGAUAGUGACGAUUCCCGUGAAGUAUCGGUGUUGGCCAAUGAUCCAGAGUCACGACGACUGCGUGCGGAAGCCAGAAUCCUAAAACGGCAAGCAGAGGCGGAAAAGAAGCGCUCCACCGACGAACUCAGAGCUGGAGUGGUUUGCGUGCUGGGUCAUGUAGAUACAGGAAAAACCAAGAUCCUGGACAAACUGCGGCGCACACACGUUCAGGAUUCCGAAGCGGGUGGCAUCACUCAGCAGAUUGGAGCCACAAACGUUCCCAUCGAAGCAAUUAAGGAGCAGACUAAGUACGUAAAGGCGGCCGCUGGAUUUGAACAUCGCUUGCCUGGUCUAUUGAUCAUCGACACACCCGGCCACGAGUCCUUCAGCAACCUUAGGAACCGAGGAUCAUCCCUCUGCGACAUAGCCAUCCUGGUGGUGGACAUUAUGCACGGCUUGGAGCCACAAACCAUCGAGUCCAUUCAGCUGCUCAAGAAGAAGAAAUGUCCGUUCAUUGUGGCCCUGAACAAGAUCGAUCGUUUGUACGAUUGGAAGCAGUUGGCCAGACGGGAUGUGAGGGAUGUUCUCAAGGAGCAGCAGAGCAACACACAGCUGGAGUUUCAGCAGCGCACAAAGGACGUGAUCCUGCAGUUCGCCGAGCAGGGCUUGAAUGCUGCUCUAUUCUACGAAAACACCGAUCCGAAGACAUACAUUUCCCUGGUGCCCACCAGUGCCAUUUCGGGCGAGGGUAUGGGCAACCUGCUCUUUAUGAUCGCCGACUUCUGUCAGAAUAUGCUGGCCAAGCGCCUGAUGUACUCCGAGGAACUGCAGGCCACCGUGUUGGAGGUGAAGGCGCUGCCAGGUCUUGGAACCACCAUCGAUGCCAUUCUGAUCAAUGGAAAGCUCCGCGAGGGUCAGACCAUGGUUGUGGCCGGCACUGAUGGUCCCAUAGUCACCCAGAUCCGAUCCCUGCUGAUGCCGCAGCCCAUGAAGGAGCUGCGUGUGAAGAACGCCUAUGUGGAGUACAAGGAGGUUAAGGCUGCGCAGGGCGUUAAAAUCGCCGCCAAGGAUCUGGAGAAGGCUAUUGCGGGCAUCAAUCUGCUGAUUGCCCAUAAGCCCGAUGAAGUCGAGAUUUGCACAGAGGAAGUUGCCCGGGAGCUCAAGAGUGCCCUUAGUCAUAUUAAACUGGCUCAGACAGGCGUUCAUGUCCAGGCCUCCACGCUGGGUUCGUUGGAGGCUCUUCUGGAGUUCUUGCGCACAUCUAAGAUUCCUUACUCUGCUAUACGAAUUGGACCCGUGGUGAAACGCGAUGUGAUGAAGGCCUCCACAAUGUUGGAACACGAGGCGCAGUAUGCAACGAUUCUGGCAUUCGACGUGAAGAUCGAGCGGGAGGCACAGGAAAUGGCCGAUUCCCUGGGCGUAAAAAUAUUCCAAGCGGACAUUAUCUACCAUCUCUUCGACAAGUUCACCGCCUAUCGCGAGGAGCUGAAGCAGAAGAAGCGCGAGGAGUUCCGAUCCGUAGCCGUCUUUCCCUGCAAGUUAAGGAUACUGCCACAGUUCGUAUUCAACAGCCGAGAUCCGAUCGUGAUGGGCGUGAUGGUCGAGAACGGCAUUGUCAAAGUGGGCACUCCAAUUUGCGUGCCCAGCAAGGAGUUCGUGGACAUUGGAAUCGUGACUUCCAUCGAAUCGAAUCACAAGCAAAUCGAAUUCGCGCGCAAGGGUCAAGAGAUUUGCGUGAAAAUCGAUCCGAUUCCCGGUGAAUCGCCCAAAAUGUUUGGUCGCCACUUCGAGGCCGAUGAUAUGCUGAUUAGCAAGAUCUCUCGCCAGAGCAUUGAUGCCUGCAAGGAUUACUUCCGUGACGAUCUGAUCAAGGCGGAUUGGGCGCUGAUGGUGGAGCUGAAGAAGCUCUUCGAGAUUCUCUAAGCGAUUUCGCCUGCCAAAAUUGCAAACGUGCAACAGACGAGAGAUUUUCGCUGGAAGGAAGCAGAACCCUAUCAAACUACAGACUGUGUGCGCUUGUGGUGAAUCCUCUAUAGUCCCGAACAGAGGAUCCUUUCUCUUAAGCUUAGUUUCAUUUUUAUGGUUUACAGCCGUAGCCGUCGUUGCAGUUGUCGCUUAAUGAACUCUGUUAUAAUGGUUUUAAAUCAAAUUUUUUGUAUAACGCCUUUUGCGAACAUCCAUUUUGCCUGCGAUUUUUGUUAGAGCCAAAUUAGAAAUAAAUGCAAUAAUGUUGU